AUGGCUGUGAGAAAGCUUAUUAGGAAGAAGGAAAAGGCCAAGAAGGAUCCACUUGCCUUGCAGCGUGUCGUGUGGACUGCUGGUCACGCAAUCACGCUUGUGUGCGGCGGCGUAUACGCAGUGUUUUACCUGUUCCAAUUGCUCACUUGCUACCGGUACAGGUCAUGGAAGACGUUGUUUUUGAUUGCCAGACCACCUCCCAGGGAGCCUGCCGGAUGGCUGCUAUGGCUGUGGCGCCUCACACCGCAACUCGUGUACCGGUUGUCGUUGGUGGGGGUUAUAACAGCAUACACUGUGAGCAACUACCAGAGCUGGGUCCAACUCAACCCUACGUGGUACGACCUUUUGAGCAAAGAAAACUUUCAGAGCAUUCUGAUUGCAACCUUGUGGCUGUUCAGCAGAGCGUCUCUGUUCAAGUUGGUGCCCUUCCUGUUGAAUAGCUACCUGCACCUGACCGUCAAGAAGGACGUCAAUGAGCAAGAAGCCACCCUGAAAAACAAGCAGAUUCUACAUGUUAUGGCGUACUCCGAGCUUGUCAUCAUAGGCACGCUAUUGUGGGACACGCUAACUUUCAAAGACGGCACCUCUGGGUUUGUUCUUGUGUUGUUCCUCGGUAUCUACUGGCUCAGACUCAACUUCUCCCCAUACGCACAGGUCACUUUGCUCAGAAUCCUUUUGAGAAUCGACAAGAAGGUGCCCGCCAGCAAGAAGAAGCAAUGGGAAGAUAUCAAGAACUUUCUCUAUCUCAGAAUCGAAGAGAACAAGAAAAACAGAAGGGCGGUUGAGUCAAGAUUGUAG